GAGUUGUUCUUCCGGUGUCAGAGGCAGUUUAUCCGAAGAGGAGGAGGACCUGAAGAAACCGACCGAAACCGAAUCAGAAACAUCAAAAUCAUGGUGAGUACGAUAUCAUACAGACUGAAGAAAACAUGUUUGAUUUUCUUAGUAAUAAUCCACAGAGUUGGAGUAAUUUUUAAGUCUCGUUAUUUUAUCAGAAAACGGUCGUUUAUUAUCAGCUGCUAAUGUUAGCAUGUGAGAGGAGGGGGGGACGGCAAUAAGCUGAACAGCUGCAGAGACACAGACACACACAGACAAUUUAAACACAGACACUUUAAACACAGACACACACAGACCCUUUACACACAGACUUAGACACACAGAGACCCUCUAAACACAGAAACAUACACACACAGACCCUCUAAACACAGAAACAUACACACACAGACCCUUAAAACACAGAAAGAGACACACACAGACCGUUUAAACACAGACUUGGGCACACACAGACCCUUAAAACACAAACUCAGACACACACAGACCCUCUAAACCCAGACACACACAGACCCUUAAAACACAGACACACACAGACCCGUAAAACACAGACUCAGACACACACAGACCCUUAAAACACAGAUUCAGACACUUUAAACACAGACACAUACGUAUAUGCUUGUUUUAAGUCUAAAGUAAUAAACAAAGUGGGGAAAAACAGCAGAACAGCAGCACAUAAACCCUCUAUAAUGUUUUAUCUCUUCCUUUAACAACACUCAGUCAGUGUUUGGGAUCCAGAUAGACCAGUUUAGAGGGUCCUGAAAGUAAAAUGCUGCUCAAUUCUUGCUUGAUAGGGGAGAGUGGGGUAAGUUGAGCCACCCCCUGUUGCUUGGAAAUGGUCAAAAAAUUGAUCAUGUGACCAAAUAUUAAGGAGCUGGGCAUCAAUUCAUGGAGUCUGUGAAGGGGUCAGACAUUUAUUCACUCUGUAAAGUGAAUUUAGUCUGUUGUAAGUUUGAUUAGAAUUGUGUUCAGACCAAAAAAGAUCAUUUUAAAUUUGUUUUAUACAUCAAUGAUGGUAUCUAUGAGCUUCAACAAGAGGUCAAAAACCUAACAUAAAAGUCCAGGAAUUGGGGUCACACACACACAUGAUUUCUCUGUGAGUAUAUUAGCACCAAGUGUCUUUUCCUUCUUGAAUUAACCUCCUAAACUCUGAUAACUUGGUUAUUAAUAAUGAGAUGGAUUCUGUGUAUGAACAUCGUUGUUCUACUAAAUAACAGAGGAACUUUUCUUGUUUUUUAGUCCCACACUAUCCUGCUGGUGCAGCCCACUAAGAGGCCAGAGGGGCGGACAUACGCUGACUAUGAAUCCGUCAACGAGUGUAUGGAAGGUAUGAUUCUUUGUUAUAUCAGCAACACAAGAUUUUCACACUAACAAUAAAUGAGCUGCAACAAGGCGAAUGGAAACAGUAACCCUUUAUGUCUUUGUUUUUCGGCUGUGAUUAACCUGCAGUUUGUGUCUCAUGUGCAGGUGUGUGUAAGAUGUACGAGGAGCACUUAAAGAGAAUGAACCCUAAUAGUCCCUCCAUCACGUACGACAUCAGCCAGCUCUUUGACUUCAUCGAUGACCUGGCCGACCUCAGCUGUUUGGUGUAAGUUUGAGAAAACAGACACGUGGAACUCCAGAUGUUUUAAAACGCUGUUAAUUAAGAACUGCUGUUAUCUCUAAUAUACUGUAAUUGCUCUGCUUAAAUGCACUGGAGUGAUGCAACAGUGAACUGAAGUUGACUUCUCUUACUCAAAGGGAAAGAUGGAAAAAUCAAUCAUUUAACUUAAAGUUUUAAGUUUCUCCAUUUUCAAGUCUAAAAACCGCACAGAGGAGCUGAGGCAUACUCAGCUUUACACCCCUCUGACACUUCAUCUGCUUUUUGGUGCUGCCUCAGGUAUCGAGCCGACACACAGACGUACCAGCCGUACAACAAGGACUGGAUCAAAGAGAAGAUCUACGUGCUGCUGCGCCGUCAGGCCCAGCAGGCUUCAAAGUGAAGCGGCCCGUCGGGCUCCUUUUCUUUUCCAGAGCUCGUGUUUAAUGGUUUGAAGAUGUUUUGAGAAGUUUUUAACAAAGUUUUUGAUUCUUUCGGUUCAGUUUUUUUUCUGACGGCAGGUGGUGUAUUUUGUAUUUGAAUGUUUGACUUAUUAAUAAAGCUUUUCUUUCAAUAGUA